CUGCCGUCCUGAGGAAGCAGCACCGCCAUUGUGCGUCUAAAACGCAGGACGGGGUCUUUGGUACCCCACAGCUCUUCCUCUCAGUUGUGAUCCCGAAUGAAUCAGUGCAGCAGGACACAGAAGACCAGAACGUUAGUGAGGACGCUCAGUCGACACACGAAGGGCUCAAACUUCUCGCAGCAGUGGCCCAUGUAAGCUACGACGCCUGGAGAUACCUUCUUACACACUAUUGUGGUGUGGUUCUCGGAUACGAAGGGGACGAAACGUUUGAAGCUGGAAUUCUAGUUCAGUAUAAGUUGACCAUGUACUGCAGCACAGAUACAUACGUUUCAGACCUCGUUCAGAUGUGCGGACUCCAACAGCAUCAGAAUUAUCGACGUAUAUAUCUGGAGGCGUUAGCGAAGAUUGCAGCAACGGACGAGGGGUUAAAACAAGGGAAGGACAUUGUGAUUCUGGUCAAAAUGCUGUUUUAUCCGAAUAUUUGGAACCGAAAAUGCCGGUUGGACGAAUUGUUGAUGGUCCGAGACGCUAUGGAACUGAUAAGACAACAGAGGGCAGAGUGGGGAGGGAAGUUGCCCAGUGUGCGAUGCACGUUCUUCCUUGAGCCCAUGGAGGCGAGUUUCAAUCAGUACGAUAUUGACAUGGAUAUGGUAAAGAUGCUGGAAGCACAACGGCUAGAUGAUGCCUGGUUUUCGCUUGAGUAUUAUACAAAAUCGAGAGUCAAAAACGAACUAAAGCCUGGUAUUGGCGCAGUUGAUGACGUAGAUCUUUGGCUAUUCGAGCCAAUGUCGAGAUAUCUCGCAGGGGAAUCAGGUAGAGACUUGUGUUAGCAAUGAGUCUGAAAAGCAGCAGCGCGCUCCUGUUUCUUUGUUCAGCACUCGGUCACUUCAGCCAAAUGUAUUGGUCGCGAUGUAUUCUGCUAUCGUAGUGAGUCAAACGGUGACACAACUAGAGUUAAGUUUAACGAUGGAUUAUUGGUGGCGAUGGAUGGCGUAUACGUUCUUCUCAAAACGAGCAAGAACAACGAGCUUGAUUGAAAACUCAGUCUAAGGGCUAAAGAGAUGACAAUCCAUGAUAUCGAAGCUUUCCAUGCGAUACUCACUCAGAACAUCCAGAAGAAGAGUUAUUCCGCCUUCCACGGGGUUUGGUAGAUGAACAAGAUGCAAUUCUGACUCCUAAUGCACCAAUUCGAUGGGGAUCUGAUGAUGAUAACCAGUCGCAGCUCUUAACGACCUCUUCUUCUACCCCCUACGUGCCUACUAUCAAUGAUGAUGGAGCAAGCGAGUGG